AUGGAAGUAUGGAAAAAAAUUAUUUUCAUUUCUUAUAUUUUAAUCUUUGCGAAGUCGGAAUUUUUUUACGUGGAAGAACUCAUUCCGCGAUAUUUAAGUUUCCUCGUUAAAGAAAAUAACAAGAAGGAACUGCAAACUCAAAAACAUGACGUUGUUUUGAUUCAAAUGGAAUUAAAUUAUCGCACAAACUGUUAUGAAAACAUUUUGGAAGAAUUAUUAAAAGAAAAUCCUGAGAAUCCAAUUUUCACUCAUUCAAAUUUAAAUUCAUUUGAAAUUGAAGGCAUUCAUACAUCUUCGUUUUUUAUAAUCGUAACUGAUGUGACAAACUCUACAAUUUUGUUUGAAUUGUUUAAAAAAAUCUUCAAUGUACCAAAGAACUUGAUUCGUAAUUAUUCGAAGUUUGUUUUGGUUCAUACAAGACUUCAAAGUCUCAAUCUUCUAACAAUGAUCUUCAUUAUAUUUGAUCAUUUUGGAAUCACUAAUGGAGUAGUUAUUCGCCAAAAUGAUAAACUUACAGUUUUCAAAGGAAUGAUGUUUUUGAAGACAUUGGAACAAAUUAAAACUCAAGAUUUAUAUAACUUUGAUUUGGUGUUUCCUGACAAAUUAAAAAAUCUUCACAAUUGUCAAGUUAACCUGUUUUUUAUUCAAGAGGAGACAACAUGUGUCAUAUUGAAUGGUGAAGUCGACGGAGUUCAUUACCGAUUUCUUCGAAUGAUUUUGAAGAAAUAUAAUGCUACAAUGAAUAUUACAAAAAGCAUUGACAUUUCCGAUGGAAGAAUUAUCACGAAAGAAUUGCAAGAGUUCUUUAAGCUGUAUUCAGUGAGUUUAUCACUUUCUACUCUGUUUACGCCCCAAGAAUACACAAAGGAAGUAAACACUUAUGAUGAAGAUGGAUUCUGUGCGUUGAUCCCAAAACCACAAAGAGUAACGUUUUUGCAUUUCAUCCUCUCGCCAUUUGAUUUAUUUUCAUGGGUCGGAAUGAUUUCAUCGAUUGUCUUAUGCAGCAUUCUAUGGAAGUUUCUGAAGAAACGACUUGCGAAAAUAAAUUCGUCAUUUUACUUCGCUUUCGCCAUGGUGGCUAACUUCUUGGGACAGUCAAUUCCAUUGAGAAGCUCACGAUGGAAUCAAAAGCUUUUACUUCAAGUUUGUAUCCUUAUGACGUUUAUCAUGGGGAAUUCUUAUCAAUCUCUCAUCAUCUCUACAAUGUUGACAUCUCGCGAAGGUUUGAGAAUUAAAACGUGGGAAGAAAUGUUUAACAGCAGCUUAACAUAUAAAGUAGACUCAAUAUUUAAAAGAACAUUGGCCGAAUCGGGAGAAUUUGCAACAGUAAUCAAUCGUAUGAGUCCUUUCGAUAAAUAUUCUGACUAUCAAAAUUACGCUAAUGAAGAAAUCGCAAUAAUUGCAACAUGCAAUCAAAUUGAGAAAAAUUAUUACAAAACUGAAGUUUCGAACUCUUUCUAUCUUUUACCUGGACGAUUUAAUCCUUUUUAUGUAAGGUUUCCCUUGGGUCCAUGGAAUCCAUUAUAUGAACUUCUCCAAAGGAAUUUUGAUUAUUUGUUUGAGUCAGGAAUACGACAACCCAUGCAUAGAUUUUUUCAGGAUCGUGACAAGAAAUAUAUCGAAAGUGAAAUAAGAUUUAUUGAAAAUGAAGAAUAUUUGCUUAAGAUGAAUGAUGUUUAUGGAAUCUUUUAUAUUCUUCUCGUUGCACAUCUCAUCAGCAUUUUAACCUUCUUGUGUGAAUUGUUAUGGAGUUUUAAGCAGAGAAGGAAAUCUCGAAGGGUGAAAAAUCAAGCUGAAUCAGAAAAUCAAUGA